CUCGCUCCACCCCGCACUGCUGGGGAGAGCUGGCGAGCUGGAGUCUGUCCGAGUUGGCUGUAGCUGUUGCCAUGACAAGCAUUUUCUUAAGAGAGCUCUGCUGUUGAGACCAUCCAAAACUGGGGAUUGAGGGGGGAGGCACGAACUUCCUGGGGAACCAUCCUUCCGAGGAAAGCGAGACCAGAGACACCCGCCCAGACCCCCUGCAUUAUUUUCAUCCCGGAACCUGAGAGGUCCUUCCCAUUGGGAGGGCCGGGGGAGGAGACCCGGCCCACUCCCCGGUCGUAGCAGGGGGAAAAAAAAAAGGCAAGAAAGCAAAGCCAGCAUCUCUCGCGUGCUGCUACUUUGGGGAGACCAGUGGGUGGUCACCCCCACCCUACCCUGUCCAUGGAAACCCGGAGGGAGAUUCCUGCUUGGAGAAGCCUGGAUCUUUGCUAGAAAGAGAGAGAUCCAGUUGUCACUGGUAUCCAGAGAGCCCUCCUCAUCCUCCUGCUGCUUCUCUACCACUGCAGUUGCUGUUUGUUGCUAAGGUUGCCUCCAUGGUAACGUGCACAUCCUGUUUACACCUCCAUCUGGGCAAGUUGGUCUAAGCUAGGAACCUACCUACCCUGGACAACCACUGCCAUCACCACCUGGGGACACCAAUCAUCGUGACACGUGGUCCGGCUUCCACUCAGUUCCCCCAUCCUCUUCCUUUUCUUGCUACCAAGCUUCAUAAGGAAACAGGAUCUGGGCUAAGGCUCUGAAGCUUAUUGCACAAGAUAUAGUCAAUCUGUUUUCUAACUGGGUUCCCACAGAAGUAAGAAGUAGGAAGAAGGCAGAGAAGCAAGACACCCUGGUCAGUUGAAGGGAAACUUCACAUUUUCUCUAACUGAGGGCCUUGGGAACAGCAGGCAAAAUGACAAGCCAAACAGAACAUGCCUCGCCGGCCAACUCAAUGGUUGAGAGCCAUGAAGGGGACUUUGGCUGCUCAGUAAUGGACCUAAGGAAGCUCAUGGAGCUGCGUUCAACUGAUGCAGUGAACCAGAUCAACGUCCACUAUGGAGGUGUACUGAAUCUCUGUCGAAGGCUGAAAACCAACCCUGUGGAAGGUCUCUCUGGGAACCCAGAAGAUCUGGGAAAACGUAAACAAAUGUUUGGAAUGAACUUAAUCCCCCCUAAAAAGCCCAAGACCUUCUUAGAAUUAGUGUGGGAAGCCCUUCAAGAUGUCACGCUCAUCAUCCUGGAGAUCGCAGCCAUCAUCUCCCUGGUUCUGUCCUUUUAUCGGCCUCCUGGUGAAGAUAAUGAACAGUGUGGUCUGCCUGUAAGUAGCCCAGAAGAUGAAGGGGAGUCAGAAGCCGGCUGGAUUGAGGGGGCAGCCAUUCUGUUCUCGGUGAUCAUCGUGGUGCUCGUGACGGCCUUCAAUGAUUGGAGCAAAGAAAAGCAGUUCCGAGGGCUGCAGAACCGGAUUGAAAAGGAACAGAAAUUCUCCGUUAUUCGAAAUGGUCACAUCAUCCAGCUCCCUGUGGCUGAAAUCGUGGUUGGUGAUAUCGCCCAAAUAAAAUAUGGUGACCUGCUGCCUGCAGAUGGGAUCCUGAUCCAGGGGAAUGAUCUCAAGAUUGACGAGAGCUCUCUGACUGGGGAAUCGGACCACGUCAAGAAGUCCCUGGAGAGAGACCCCAUGUUGCUCUCAGGGACCCAUGUCAUGGAAGGUUCUGGCCGGAUGCUGGUGACUGCUGUGGGUGUCAACUCCCAGACUGGGAUCAUCUUUACUCUUUUGGGGGCCGGUGAGGGAGAAGAGGAGGAGAAGAAGAAGAAAGGUAAAAAACAAGGAGUCCCUGAAAAUCGCAACAAAGCAAAGACUCAGGAUGGAGUGGCGCUGGAAAUCCAGCCACUCAACAGCCAGGAGGGGAUCGACAAUGAGGAAAAGGAGAAAAAGGUGGCCAAGCUACCCAAGAAGGAGAAGUCGGUGCUACAGGGGAAGCUGACGCGCUUGGCUGUUCAGAUUGGGAAAGCUGGCCUGAUCAUGUCUGCUAUCACCGUUCUCAUCCUGAUUCUGUACUUUGUGAUUGACAACUUCGUGAUAAGGCGUAAACCAUGGCUAGCUGAGUGCACCCCCAUCUACAUCCAGUACUUUGUCAAGUUCUUCAUCAUCGGUGUCACUGUACUGGUGGUGGCUGUGCCAGAGGGGCUGCCACUGGCUGUCACCAUUUCACUGGCCUACUCUGUGAAGAAAAUGAUGAAAGACAAUAACCUGGUACGGCACCUGGACGCUUGUGAGACAAUGGGCAAUGCCACAGCCAUUUGCUCUGACAAGACAGGCACAUUGACCAUGAACCGCAUGACUGUGGUACAAGCUUAUAUUGGAGAUACCCAUUACCAUCAGCUCCCAAGUCCCGAUGCCCUCGUGCCCGCAGUCCUGGACCUUAUUGUCAAUGGCAUUUCUAUCAACAGUGCCUAUACCUCCAAGAUCCUGCCUCCAGAGAGAGAGGGAGGCCUGCCACGGCAGGUGGGCAACAAGACAGAGUGUGCCCUGUUGGGCCUUGUCACAGACCUGAAGCAGGACUACCAUGCAGUGCGCAGUGAGGUGCCGGAGGAGAAGCUCUAUAAGGUGUACACCUUCAACUCGGUGCGCAAGUCCAUGAGCACGGUCAUCCAGAAGCCCGGUGGUGGCUACCGCAUGUACAGCAAGGGUGCCUCUGAGAUCAUUUUGCGCAAGUGUAAUCGAAUCCUGGACAAGGAAGGAGAAGCAGUGCCAUUCAAGAGUAAGGACCGAGAUGAGAUGGUGCGCACUGUCAUUGAGCCCAUGGCCUGUGAGGGACUCCGGACUAUCUGCUUAGCCUAUCGUGAUUUCAAUGAUGUAGAGCCCCGGUGGGACAAUGAGAAUGAAAUCCUCACUGAACUGACCUGUAUCGCAGUGGUGGGCAUUGAGGACCCUGUGCGCCCAGAGGUACCAGAUGCUAUCGCCAAAUGCAAAAGAGCUGGCAUUACUGUUAGAAUGGUGACAGGAGACAACAUCAACACAGCCCGGGCCAUUGCCACCAAGUGUGGCAUUGUGACACCUGGGGAUGACUUCCUGUGCUUGGAAGGCAAAGAAUUCAACCGACUCAUCCGCAAUGAGAAGGGCGAGGUAGAGCAAGAAAAGCUGGACAAGAUUUGGCCUAAGCUUCGAGUCCUGGCACGAUCUUCCCCUACUGACAAGCAUACACUGGUGAAAGGCAUCAUUGAUAGCACUGUUGGGGAGCAGCGCCAGGUGGUGGCUGUCACUGGUGAUGGCACAAAUGAUGGGCCGGCCCUGAAGAAAGCGGAUGUCGGUUUUGCCAUGGGUAUUGCAGGCACAGAUGUGGCCAAGGAGGCAUCAGACAUCAUCCUAACAGAUGACAACUUUACCAGCAUUGUGAAGGCAGUGAUGUGGGGACGAAAUGUCUAUGACAGCAUCUCCAAGUUCCUGCAAUUCCAGCUCACAGUCAAUGUGGUGGCAGUGAUCGUGGCCUUCACCGGAGCCUGCAUCACUCAGGACUCCCCAUUGAAAGCUGUGCAGAUGCUGUGGGUUAACCUAAUCAUGGACACGUUUGCCUCAUUGGCCUUGGCCACAGAGCCUCCCACAGAGUCUCUAUUAAAGCGUCGUCCCUAUGGCCGAAAUAAGCCUCUGAUCUCACGGACUAUGAUGAAGAACAUCUUGGGCCAUGCGGUCUAUCAGCUCAUAGUCAUCUUUUUCCUUGUCUUUGCCGGUGAGAAAUUCUUUGACAUUGAUAGUGGGAGGAAUGCACCUCUACAUUCCCCACCCAGCCAGCACUACACCAUUAUUUUCAACACUUUUGUGCUGAUGCAGCUCUUCAAUGAAAUCAACUCACGCAAGAUCCACGGAGAGAGGAAUGUCUUUUCAGGCAUCUUCCGCAACCUCAUCUUUUGUUCUGUGGUUUUGGGCACAUUCAUCUGCCAGAUUUUCAUCGUGGAAUUUGGGGGUAAACCCUUCAGUUGUACGAAGCUCACCGUGUCCCAGUGGUUUUGGUGUCUCUUCAUUGGUAUUGGAGAACUGCUGUGGGGGCAGAUAAUCUCCACAAUACCUACCCAAUCCCUGAAGUUCCUGAAGGAGGCUGGGCAUGGCAUUACCAAAGAGGAGAUGACCAAGGAUGCAGAAGGGCUAGACGAGAUUGACCAUGCAGAGAUGGAGCUACGCCGAGGCCAGAUCCUCUGGUUCCGGGGCCUGAACCGUAUCCAGACUCAGAUCGACGUAAUUAACAAAUUCCAGACUGGAGCCUCUUUUCAGGGAGUCCUAAAGCGACAGACCAUGGGUCAACACCUUGAUGUAAAACAUGUUCCUAGGUCAUCCUAUGUAACAGUUGCACCAGUCAAAUCUUCCCCCACCACUUCUGUUGCUGCUGCUGUUCCAUCUCCUACUCUGGGCAAUCAAAGUGGUCAAAGCAUUCCAUAGUUCCCUCCAUGAAAGCAUCCAGAAAUCUAGCAACCAACACUCCAUCCACAACUUCAUGACCCACCCUGAAUUCACCAUAGAUGAGGAGGUGCCACGAACACCACUCCUGGAUGAGCAAGAGGAGAAAAGUCUUGAAAACGUUUCCAAGCCUGGGACUAGGGUGCUCCUGUUGGAUGGGGAGGUCACUCCGUACGCCAACAAAAACAACAAUGCAGUGGAUUGCAGCCAGGUGCAAAUUGUUGCCUCCCACUCGGACAGCCCUCUGCACAGCCUGGAGACAUCAGUUUGAACUUUAUUCUCUGACUCCCAUUCCUGCUUUUCCUAUUUCCUGUUCAUCUCUCCCAUCUAUAAGAUGAUCGUAGGACUUUUCACUGUCAUGUCAGUUGCUCUCAAGUAUGUGUGAGCCCCACCUGUCCAUGAAGAAGAGAACAGACCUACAAGGAUUUCAACUUACACUUGAGUUGGGGUUUGUAGCAGGACCCUGUCAAAUCCCAGGCAGUUAGUGAAGUAGAACUUACUCCUUGGCUAUAUCAGUUGUCAUUUUUAAAGAAGUGAUAUGAUCCUCUUGGCAUCCACCCCAACCUGAAUUCUCCCCCAGCAUUCAUACAUGUGUUGCCAUCCCCUGACUUCUGGAUUCUACCCUAUGAGUCUGUACCAUUUAUAACCUCAUUUGAGGGUUCAGAGAGACAAAUACUCUCAAAUGAAAUGUGUGGGAAGCAGGAAUGGAGUGUAUGGAAUUAGCCUAUAGAGUGAUUGUUUUUAAAAUCAUUUUCCCAUUUUGAAAACUUAUACCUAAAGCCCUCUAGCUCUUUCUACCCUUCCAGUCAAACUUCCCCAAGGUCUUUUGACUGUUGUCUUCUUUACUUUCACUUUUUUCUUUUUUUUUAAGUUGUGAUGAUUAAGAAAGUGGAAAAAACCUGGAUGAAUUGAGUCAGCUUUGACCAUUCUCUCUUCUGGUCCCAACAGACCCCUUGAUUUAGUUUUAGAGGCAGACAAGUUUUCUUUGCUAACAGGGUCUUUUGAAGCUAUUGAGAACUGGUAAGAAUGUACUCCUGCUGUUACCAGGUUAUUUACUUCUAAACUUGUCAAGUAUGUGUGGUUCCUAAGUACAAGAGAGAUCAACCUUGACUAUGAAGCUUGCGUAUGUGUGAUAUGUCAUUUUUACUAUAACCCUGAGAUUUCUCCUAUUCCUAAAGUGGCAGCAAAUGAAAUCUACUGAGAAUGACCGUGUCUCCUAACUGAACUUAGAUAUCAAGGACCAGAAGCUGGCAAGUCUAGGACAAGACAGACCAGCAAAGCCAACUCCUGUAGAGUCUUUGGAGUGACCACUACUGUUUUCAAAGCCAUCUGGCAAGGCUCCUCCAGGGCAGGACCUAGUUGUUGGAAGAGUGAGUGUUGAAAAGCCUUGAGAGAAGCCAAAGGGCCAUUCUAGCAGGAUCUGAGAAACCAAAAACCUUGAGCUUAGAUAGCUGGGUAUCAGCUUUGACAUUCCCUUCAGUUGUUUAAUCCUACUCUUUGCUACAUCUCCUAAUUUGUCCAGUCUCUGAAAAGGUUCCAACCUUUCUCAAAUAUUCUGAUUUUGAAAAUAUGGAUCCAAAGUGGGAGGCUCCAGUGACAUUUUGCUGACGUAAAGGAACAAAAGACACCCUAAAAAAUCUCUCCAUCCUCUCUUCCUUUCUCUCACAUGCCCCACACAAGCCCCCCUACAGAACGUGCUCACCUGCUGCACAGUAAAGCUCUGUGCCUUCUUUCCCUGAACACUGCCCAAAGUAUCCCUUUCACCUGCCUCUCAGGAGCUGGGGACUUCUCUAGGAGAUUUUUUUAAGUGUACCUUAAUGGGACAAGGUGGAGCCACAUUUGCAGCAGCUCCAUUUUUAUCACUGCUGAUGUUGGUUUAUGCUCUUCUGUGCAGGGGUUUGCUCAUGUCUGCCAAUUUCCUCCUCCCACUGAAGCCUGCCCCUCUUUGCAGAGUGAUGGGAGUAGGGAGAAGGGGCUUGUGGGUAUGAUGAAGUGCCAAAUGUCCAUUUGUGAGAGUUAGAGCACCCAAACCUGUCCUCUCCAACCUUCUCUUCUGGAUGCCGCCUCCCUCAGCCUUUCACCUGAGCUGUCCAAGGUAGAAAGAGGGAAGAAAACAGUGCUCCCUAGACACCCCCACUACCACAGAAUCCACCGCGUUGGGCCUUGGUUUCGUGAAGGUGACACAUGUCAGUGAUCUUUGCCCCGUCUGAAACACUCAUGGGGGAGGACAAACAGCUCACACAAGGUGUUAGGUGUUCACAUGUAUAUUUAUUAAGUACAUUGGAAGAUUUCGUUCUGCCAAGUCUUUUAUUACCUCAGAUCAGUUUGAAAAACAAGCCAAUAACAAACUGUGGAGGCUAUUUUACCAUUCCUGCUCCCAAAAGACUCUCAUGGUGCCUGACAGGCUCCUCCUGAGAGUUUGUGUCUACUUUUAAAGUCAACGGUUUUUUAUGUAUUCUAGUUUCCAUAGUAGGAUAGAAAUAUUAUGCAAAAAUAUAUAGUUUUCUUUAGAUCCGAAACUGGUAUUUUUUUGAAUCAGCCAUAUGCAUUUUGUUUAAAGGAUUUAAAAAUAAAGUGCUGUCAUGUAACCCUGUGGAGGGAGCCCAUAACCAGCUGUUUAACAUGACAGUUGACUUAGUGUAUUUGUAAUUGGUUCAAAACCAAUGCACCAUAAUUCCUUUCUCCAAACAGCCAUCUUUAUACUUAGGGGAAAAUUUUGUUGGGUUCUAGACUUUUUUAAUAUACAUUUUGUUGAUAUGGAAUUGAGUGAGUUUAAGUGUUUAUGUGCCUAUGUUUUUUUACAUGUUUUUUUCUAUUCGGUUUCAGCAAUCCAGCUGGCAGUGAGUAAAUAUGGCAUAAGUUAAUAAAGCUUUCCCCCAAAAUGGUGCUUUGGAUUUGAAAAGGAACUGGUGGGGAGAAGGGGGAACUAUUAUCCUAGACUGCUCUCUUGAUAAGUCUAGAAAAAUGGAUAGUAUGCUGAUGGGAAGGAAAGCAUCCAGCAAGAAGGCAGAGCCAGCAGAAGUGAGUGUAUGCCCCUGUCAAGGUGGGUGCCAGGCUCUCUAGUAACAGGUGACUAAGGUCAGGGGCCUUGGUUGGAUUUUGUUUCUUGAGGAAUAGCUGGCAGAGUGGUACCCAAGACAUGAACAUCUCUUGGGCUACAAGGAUACUCUGAUUCGGGGUUUGCAUUUUUUUACCUCCAGCAGGAGGUUCUUUUACCUCCUGUUGCCUCUGGGGUUUUCCAUUAGUGAGGUUUUAUGCAAGGGUCUGAGUUGAGACAUCUUCUCCUUCCCUAGAAAGGUGUUGUGCAAUGUAUAAAAUGGAGAAUAGAGUUCUAAUUGAAAUAAAAAAAAAACAGGCUGAUUCUAGCCCCGGCUGAUCAUCUUAGGGCUAGAUCCUUCCCAUAGGUGCCCCCUGACCUCUGAAAUGACUCACAUCCCUGAAAGUUGUAGAGAGACCAACCUAGAAAUUCCUCUGGCACUUGUGUGUGUUCUUUGGGUUUAGCUUUCUUUUGCCCCUUGAGCUUCAGAGGGGAGCAUUUGCACUUAAAUCUGAGUGAUUACCUCACUGCCAAAACCCAGAGGGGCGUGACAAGCUCACAUGUGCCCUGAAACCCCAGAGGCAGAGCUUCCUUUCUUUCUGGCUUCCUUGCCUAUCAGUUGAAGCAGCCCAUGAUACCAUCACAAAGUACACACUUCUCACUUUUCCUAACAAGGGACCACCCCACUGCAACGGUGGGGGUGAGGCAUUUAGAAAUGCCUGCUAUUCUUAAGCCAUUCCAGCCCCUUCCUCAGAAUAGACCAGAGAGCCUUCCAUUGAGCUCAGUGCCAGUCUUUUUUGCCUUCCCAGCCCUGCUAUCAGGCCUGCUGUCCCAUUUCCUCUUGCUUAAGAGGUGGAGGGAAGUGAGCUCCCCGUGGCUGAACUAGCCUUUGGUUCGUGUUUCCUCCCCAUAUGUAUAUAUAUGCCAUAUGUGACUAUGCCAUAUAUAUGUGCCAACAAAUCUAACUAUGUUGUUCUUUUCAAAUCAGCACGCAGAUAGGAGAUCUGAGUUUCUUUUAUUUUUUUUCCAGUAACUAGUAUAGUAAACACUGGUUUUUUGUAUAAGAAUAAAAACAAGACAAAAGAUAGGCCACUGUGGUCUGCAUGACAUCAGUAAACAAACGGUGAUAUCAAAUCAGUGUGCACCCCAGUGUGUGUUGCCAUAAUUUGCUGUUCAGCCUAACAGUGCACCCAAUCUGUAUUUGCAUUUUGAUAUUAUUUAAGCUCUCUGUACAAUGUUUUGCAUGUAUUUAUAUGGUUCUUAGGAAAAAAAUGCUAUAAACUGACAAAUCUGAAAUUCAAAUAUGUUGUUCCACUGAGACAGGAAGAAGAGGAGUUUUAAAAGAUGGAAAAAAGGGAUAAUUUUUUUGGAACCAAUAAAGUUUGUUGCUAAUGAGCAGAAAUCAGUACUGCCGUGCACUGAGAAUAAAAGCCCACGCCCACU